ACCCAGACUCAGCCAUCUUGUGGAAAACGAAGAGAGAGAGCCACUCAACAACACGCAUACAAACCCUGAGCUGUCACAGCCACCAGAGAACGUCAAGGAAAAAUGGCCGAAACCCAGACACUUAACUUUGGACCCGAAUGGCUCCGUGCCCUGUCUGGAGGUGGGGUCGGCGGUGGUGGUGGAAGCAGCAAUGCUGUUACUUCUCCCCCACUCUCACCUGCAUUGCCAAAGUAUAAACUUGCAGACUAUCGUUACGGGAGAGAAGAAAUGUUAGCACUUUAUGUAAAGGACAACAAGAUCCCUAUAGACCUACAUGAUAAGGAGUUUCUACCCAUAUUGCAAGAAGAACCUUUGCCGCCUCUGGCACUCGUGUCUUUUACGGAGGAAGAACAGAGAAAUUUUUCUAUGUCUGUAAACAGCGCAGCUGUACUCCGGCUGACAGGGCGAGGCAGUGGGCCCAUAGCUGGAGCGCCAAGAGGCCGAAGUACAUCUAGAGGUAGAGGGCGGGGAAGAGGUGAUGGAGGGUUUUACCAAAGAAGUUUUGACGACGUGGAAGGUUUUGGUCGUGGAGGGAGGGAAAUUCACCGCUCUCAAAGCUGGGAAGAAAGUGAUGACUUUUUUUCCACCAGGGGAGAUAGAAGAUUUGAAAAGCCAGGUCGAAAAGACCCAGAAGCUGCUCCUGGGCAUUUUCAGAUCAAUCACACCCGACCAGGCACCUACGAGGAUGGAGGGACAGGUCUACCCAGGAAGCACGAGUUUACGCGUUCAGAGAGUGAGAACUGGCGUACUUCUCGUGAUGAUCAGAACGGUGAGGAUGAUGAGGGGGGCUGGCACCUGGCAGGUUCUCGUCGGGACAAUGAACGCUGGUGCCCCCCGAGCCCAGAUGGGCCUCGGUCUGCAGGGUGGCGGGAACAUCCAGACCAACGUCGGCGCUUCCCAUUUGACGCCAGAGAAGAGGAGCGCGGCUACAGGAGACCAAGGUCAGGCAGCGGCAGCCUGGAGGAUGACCGAGACUGCUUACCAGAGUGGUGUCUGGAGGACGCAGAUGAAGAAGCUGGAACGUUUGAUUCCUCAGGAGCUUUUCUUUCUCUAAAGAAAGCGUCAAAGGAACCGAUCCCAGAAGAAGCAGAACUUGACUUCAGACCUUUGGAAGAGUGUGACGAAGGUCUGGAGGAGGAAGAUAUUUUAUCCAGGGAGACCAAAGAGACAGAAAAAGAAGCCAAAAGAGAACCUGAUCGAAAAAACUUGGCCAGAAUGUCAGAAGGCUGUCCGUCUCUUGGUCCAGUCGUGGCUUCAGCAGUCUCAGAGUUGCAGCCCCCUGCUCAGAAUUUGUCUCCAAACCAUCCCAGCAGAACAGAUGAGACUGAAGGACCAGCUGAGCGCCACCCGCCCCUGGAGCUCCCACCAGAGCCCUGCAAAGCACCGCUUCGUAUUCCCAUGUCUAGUAGUAUUCUGGAGUCGCACCCCAUGACCCACAUUUCCACCAACCUGCCUGAGGUUUCUGCUCCGUCAUCCACUAUUCAUUUACCACAGCAAAAACCCAUAGAAAUCUCUGUGGCAAUAAACAAUGCUUUACCCUACACAACAAAUAUAAUAGCACCUAUAAGUAGGCCCACCACGGUGACGCAUGACACUGAUGAAGAUGAGGGUCUGAAACACUUUGAACAAGAGGCAGAAAAGAUGGUAGCAUACCUCCAGGACAGCGGGGUGGAUGAUGACAGACUUGCAGCAAAGACUUCAGAGAAGCCUAAACCUGCGGGCCUGCCGCUUACCCAUGAAGCUGCUCUCAAGUGGUUUUACAAAGAUCCACAGGGGGAGAUACAGGGUCCGUUCAGCAAUCACGAGAUGUCUGACUGGUUUCAGGCUGGUUACUUCACCAUGUCUCUGUUGGUCAAAAGAGGCUGUGAUGAAGUGUUCCAACCUUUGGGAGAGAUGAUGAAGAUUUGGGGGAGGGUGCCCUUUACUCCAGGCCCCGCACCGCCACCACUACAAGCUGAUGGUGACCAGGAGAGAUUAAAGAGACAGCAGGAGCUCACUGCUCUCAACCUUUACCAGCUGCAGCAGCUGCAAUAUCAAUACCUCCUCAGGCAACAGUAUGCCCAGGCGUUGGCCCAGCAGAAAACUUUAGUUCUCAACUCAGCUCCUCUCCAACAGCAGCAGCAGCACCAACAGCAGAUCAACAUGCUUCUGCAGCAAUACCAGGCUCUAAAGAUAAGUGCUUCUGACAGUCUUCUACCUCCUGUUACCCGAUCCCUGUCAGUCCCUGACUCGGGUUCGGUGUGGGAAAUGCAGAAUCCCUCUUCUCAGGCCUCCUGCACACCAAACCUUCAACAGGCUGCUACAAGCACCUGGGAAGGCAGCAGUGUAUGGGAUUUGCCUAUAGACUCAGUGGCACAAGCACCAACUAUUGAGCAGAUGCAGCAGUUUGAGAAGGCAAGGUCUGCAAAGUUGGAGCUGGAGAGACGGGAGGCAGAGUUAAGAGCAAAACGGGAGGAAGAAGAAAGGAAACGUUUGGAAGAGGCUCUCAGGGCUCGACAGGAGGAGGAAAGGAAACGGCUGGAAGAAGAGGAAUUGGCUAGGCAUAAACAGGAAGAGGCUCUGAGGCUACGAAGAGAACAAGAGGAGGCGCAACGCAGGCAGAAAGAAGAGGAGGAGAGGAAGGCGCAGGAGGAAGCUCUCCGAAGAUUGGAGGAAAGACGGCGGGAAGAAGAGGAGAAAAAGAAACGGGAAGAGUUCCUUCGGAAACAGUUCUCUCUUCUGCAUCAGGAAGAGGAGCAUAGAAAGCAAGAAGAACUGGAGGCAUUGAGAAGGCGCGAGGAGGAGAAGAGGCGAGUGGAGGAGGAGGCCGCUGCUACUGCUGCAGCUCUUGCACUGCAACAAGAGGAGCAAAAAAGAAGAGAGCAGGAGGCCCAAAGACAGCAGGAGCUGCAAAGACAGAGGCAGCAGCAACAAGAGGCCCUCAGAAGACUGCAGCAGCAGCAGCAACAACAGCAGCAGCUCGCACAAAUGAAGCUUCCAUCAUCUUCUAAGUGGGGUCAGCAGUCAGCCAACCACAACCACACACAGAAUGCCUUGUCACUGGCCGAGAUCCAGAAACUAGAAGAGGAGCGAGAACGACAGGCAUGUGAGGAGCAGCGACGUCAGCAGCAAGAGCUCCUAAAGCAGCAGCAACAGCAGGCGCUACAACAAGCCCAGCAGUCGCAUGCCAAGCUCUCUGGUUGGGGUAAUGUAGCCAAGCAACCUGUUAUCACCAAGUCUUUGCUGGAGAUUCAGAGGGAGGAGGCCCAGCAGAUGAAGCAGCGGAAGGAGCAGCCACCCCAACAACAUCCCACCGUCACCCAGCAGACCCGAACUCAAAACAGAACCACAUCGCUGAGUAACUCCGUUUGGGGGUCUGUUAAUACCAGCACCAACUGGGGCUCCGACUCCAGCAGUAUCUGGGGCGACACCCACAACUCAAACAUGGGCUUCUGGGAUGAGGCCAUAAAGGAGGCCGUCCAGCAGCCUCCCCAGACCAAAAAAGGCAACACCCAGAAGAACAACAAAGGCAACGCCAACCUCAGUAACUCUUUGAGUGGGCGAGCCAGUAAGAAGGUUGACGAGGAGGAGAAGCUGCUAAAGUUGUUCCAGGGUGUCAGUAAGAGCCAGCAGGACACAUUUAUGCAGUGGUGUGAGCAAACCCUGCACUCGCUCAACACAGCCAACAAUCUGGAUGUUCCAACGUUUGCAUCCUUCCUGAAGGAAUUGGAUUCUCCUUAUGAGGUGCAUGACUACGUCAGGGCUUAUUUGGGGGACACUCCUGAGUCCAAGGACUUUGCCAAGCAGUUCCUGGAACGUCGUGCCAAACAGAACGCUAAUCAACAAAAACAGUUGCUGCCGAAGCAACAGCAAGCCAAGCAGCAGCAGCAGCAGGACUCUGUGUGGGGUGGAAUGGGAUCUUCAGCCAUCUACCAAUCCAACCAUACAAGUGACCAGCAGCAACGAUUUGAGACGGUCACCUCAGGGAAGAAGAAAAAGAAGCAGAAAAUGGUCCGAGCAGACCCAAGCCUUUUAGGUUUUUCUGUGAAUGCAUCAUCUGAGAGGUUGAAUAUGGGGGAAAUCGAAACCUUGGAGGACUUUUAAGGGACUGCAGCUGAGCAAAUCCCAGUGACUGUAUCCAGUUUGAACAGCAGCUGUUUUACCUAAACCCCAGCCCUCCCGGUUUCCACAAAAUGUUUCUUUUGUUGUCGUUUCCCAUCAAUCAUUUUCUCCAUUACAGUUUUUUUUCUUUUCCGCUGUCUUGCAAACUGACCUAUAGCUGGAGCAAACUGGUGAAUGCACCGUCUGCCAGGCCAAAUCGGCUCUCUUCAGAGAUGUUGAUCUCUUUUGGCUUCAGUUUGAUUUGGAAACACUUCCUACAAAAACUUACUCAAAGAGAUGACAAAUUUGGCCUCUAUAGUAUGUGGAUUUUGUUUUAGGAGUGGAUGUUUGGGUUUCAUAACAUGUUAAAGAAUAGAAAAAAAUACUUUUGUUUUAUUUAUUAAAAGCCCCACUUCACCUCCUCCCCCUAUCCACCCUCCCCUCUCCCCUUAUUUGUUCGGCUGGUUGUUCAUGGAUACUAACGGCGAAGUAGAGCCCAAGGAUUCAUGCCCACUUAUGUCCUGUUUUAAGGACAUGUUCAAAAGUUCCAACUAGUUAUCUAUUUCUUGUAAAAUACUAGGCUGUUAAAAGAAUAAACUUUCAUUUCUGCAUCUGUAUUAUAAUAUAUGAGAAGGAUCUGCUGGAGUCAUACUUUUUUAUUGCAGUAUGGAAUAAUAAAACAGUCUUAUGUUUGGGCUGUUCACAUCUGUGUCUGAACGAUUCAGUAAAACCACAAAUGUGCAAAUCCCCACACUACAAUACAUGACACUUAUAAGGAAAAUGGGAAUAAACUACUGGUAAUUAAACA